AACUCUCAAAUUUUAGUACAUUAGUAUCGGGAAACAACACUACGCGUAUAAUAUAGUUUGUUUCAAUUUAAUCAAAUACACAAAAUCAUAAUUUAUAUUUAUACUAUUAUUUAAAUAAUUGUUUACAUUAAUUUGAUGUGAAAUAAAAGUUUAUAAUAGCUUAUAAAUAUAUUAAAUAUAAAGAAAUACGUGGUUACGAACAAAUUAUUAAACAGAUCAUGAACAAUAUAUGAAACGAUAAUAAUUGUUAAGAAAAUUUCUUACAAAAGCAUGAUCAGAAAAUGGUUUUAUAUUUUUUAUAAGUUAAAGUAAACAUUAUUUUCUUUCCCUGAUGAUAUGAACUUUGAAAAAAAUAUCAUAUGAUGUUAAAAAUGUAUUGUCUUCGACGUAUACCAGUGCGAUUUUUUUCAUCCAAGCCAGAUGUAAAACUUGAAGACGAUUUAAAUAAUUUGCUAGAUAAAAACUUAUUAAAGCAUCGACAUCAUCCUGGAAUCAUAAGGCCACGAGUCGUUGAAGUACCCAAUUGGAUUAAGGAUUCAAUUAAAAUAAUUUUAGAUGAUUCCAAUAUUCCUAGAGAAUAUUUGAGGGAAGGUGGACAAAAAUUAAUGCAACAUUUACUCGGUAGACACAUAACAAUCAAACAACCGGUUGUAGCGAAUGAAGAAAAAAAAAUAUAUGUUUCUAUGAAUCCUUCAAAGUUAUAUGAAAUAGUUGAUGAUACUAAUAUUAAUGAUAAUACGAAUACUAAUUCUGAAUUAGAGUGUCAUAAAAAGCAGAAUUCACAUAAUUCAUCUAAUAUCUCUCUCAAUUAUAACAGACAAAUUAGUUUGUUAUACUUAGUUAGUAGAAGUCAAUUUGAAUAUUCUGUUGUGUAUAAUAUUUUGAAUCAAAUAAAAAUGAAGGAUGUCGAUUUUAAACCAAAAACUUUAUUUGAUUUUGGAUCUGGAAUUGGAACAGUUAUAUGGGCAUCGUCACAACUUUGGUCCGAUUCUUUGAUAGAAUAUUUUGGUGUAGAUUCUUCUUCUCAUAUGAAUGAGUUGUCGGCAGAAAUAAACAAGUACAAUACUCAUCCUAUCAAAAACAUGUUUUACAGACAAUUCUUUCCUGCGACUCCUGUGCCCCUUUAUGAUAUUGUUGUUAGUUCAUUCUCUUUAUUGGAAUUACCUGACAUAAAGAAACGUUUCGAUGUUGUACAAAAGCUUUGGGCUAAAACACAAAAUUAUCUUGUUAUUAUCGAAAAUGGAACAAAUGCUGGAUUUACAGCAGUAAAUGAAGCACGCGACAUUUUACUCUAUAAUGUUCUGCAGUCAGAUAAUAAUAAUGAUAAUAAUAAUGGUCAUGUUUAUGCACCUUGUCCUCAUGAUAUGAAGUGUCCGAGAUAUCACUCGGAUAAUACUCCUUGUAAUUUUGAAAUUUCUUAUUUCACAUUACCAGUGUCAGGAACUUCUUGUUUAAAAACAAACCGUUUCUCUUACGUUGUAUUGAAGAAAGAUGUACGAUCAGAUAGCGAUAAACAAUGGCCGCGUAUAGUACGACCAAUAUUGAAACGAUCCAAGCAUGUAAUAUGUCGUACAUGCACAGCUAAUGGGAAAUUAGAAGAGAUUAUUUUCACUAAAAACAAACAUGGAAAAAAUGCAUAUCGUUGUGCAAGAGCUAGCGAGUGGGGAGAUUUGUUACCAAUAGAAAUCAGUAAAGAUAAGUAAUUUAACGCGUGUUAAUAGACUUUAUUUUUUACUACUGUAAUUAAAAUAAAAUAAUAAAUGUAACAAACUCUUA